AUGCCGGAUCAGAAUACAGUCCGGAUUUCUGUCUCGGCUGCCAGAACUUUUGUUAUUCUGACAAAUGCUUUGACUUUGCUUGUAGGAUUAAUUCUUGUCGGUAUUGGUGUAUACGGGAUCUAUUCCCCGGAUGUACGUCUUUACUCGAACGCCAUACCAUUGGCGACAAUUGUCAUUGGAUUGUUGGUGUUUGUCAUCUCGAUUAUUGGAUGUUGCGGUGCUGUAUGGGAAAAUCGUCCGGUUUUGAGUUCUAUUGAAUCAAUUCUCGAUAAAGCUUGGCAAACUGCUUACGACACUCAUCCUAAACUUAUUCGUGAUAUCGAAGAUGAGCAAGUGACUGAUCGAGCAGUACCUAAAAGAUCACCGAACGCGUGCGUCGAAAGUCCUUGGUUUGGAUAUGAAACUCCUUGUUACGAUAGUCUAUACUACUCUUAUAAACAUCAUCAGACUACUCUUGGCGUGUGGGGAAUAAUUCUCGCAAUCAUUCAGUUUUUAGCUUUAGGAUUCGCAUAUAUUCUUAUCACAUGUCUUCCAGAAGACUAUGAAUUAGAACGAGAAUACAGAUCGGAACAUGGACGUCUUGUACAAGAAGGUCGUGGACAUAAUCCUCAGCACUAUCAACAUGAAGAACAGUCGCUGCCUACUCCCUAUAAUGUUGGACCGAGUGGUCGUCCAUUACAAUCCUCUUAUGGAAGUACUACUACCUCAUCAUAA